CAGACCGUAGCUUUUGCUCUCACAUUCCGUACUAUCCAACCUCCGCAGACAUGGCCGGACCUUCUCCCGCCGGUGAUUGGCCGUCGAAGAUCAUCGCCGGAGCCGAUGAGUUCGGAGCGAGCCUCAAGGACGCGAUGGUGUCCCACCUCCGUUCGGUCGGAAUCGACGUGGAGGACCUCGGCAUCUCCUCCUACUACUCCGCCGGAGCCGACGUCGGAAUCCGUGUCUCCGCCGCAUCUUCCUCCGAUGUCCGGGGACUUCUAUGCUGCGGCACCGGCGUAGGCGUCGCGAUGUUCGCCAACAAGUUCCCCGGAGUCUACGCCGCCACGUGUCUCUCCGUCGAGGAGGCCGUGAACGUCCGAUCGAUCAGCAAGUGCAAUGUCAUCGCUCUCUCCGGCAUGAAAACUCCGCCGGAUAGCGCCGUCGAGAUCGUCACGGCCUGGCUCAACACUCCGUUCAAGUCUCCCUGCCCUGCCUCUGGGUCCGAGCCGUGGAGCUCCGAGAUGUGUUCGUUCUUCGACAACUCGCUCUCCGACAUACCGAAGAUCGGUAAAAUCACCGCCGAUUCAGCGACCAAACAGACCGGCGAGCCGUCGGUCCCUUGCGCUCUGUGUUGCUUGGCGAAGAACAGGGAGUUCACGCCGGUGGAGAUCAUGCCGGGAGGGUCGAUGAAGAUCGUGAGGGAGUCGCCGACGGCGGCCGUGGUGAGAUUUAAGGCGGGAAGCGUGGAGCCGGCUCACCACCACACGUUCGGCCACGACCUGGUGGUCCUGAAGGGGAAGAAGAGCGUGUGGAAUCUGAGCAAGAAGGAGAGGUACGAUCUCGUCGACGGCGAUUACCUCUUCACGCCGGCCGGCGACAUUCACCGAGUCAAGUAUCACGAAGACACCGAGUUCUUCAUCACCUGGGACGGACAUUGGGAUAUUUUCCUGGACGAAGACCUCGAGACCGCGAAAAAGGCAAUCGAGGAAGCCAGUUGAAGAAUUUCCUGUGGAAAUGAGUUCGAGAUUCUGAUUCUUCUGCUGAGUUCUUGAGUCUAUGGUACGUUCGUCUUCUUCCUUAGUGCGCUUCUGUGUUCUUACAAGACGUCGCCUUAUGUCUCUUUGGGUUGUGUCCUGGCGUUAGCCGUUCAUCAAUACGCAUGAUGUUUCACUGUAAUUAUGCUUUGAUCUGUGUUAAUAUUAAUGAAGACAUGGUUUCUGCAUA